GACCAGGUUCCUCUCCAAAAGAUAAAAAUCUCACCGGAACCGCGACCCGCGCGUAGUUAAGUGAGGUCGCGCAGUAGAACCAUGGACUGGCUAAUGGUCCUUCUCUCGCCUUUUGUCGUGGCCUUUGUCUAUCCAGUUGUAAUGCUUAUCAUGAUGUAUGGCGCUGCAGUUUUUCUGCACGUUUAUCGUCACAGACGGCGCGAGAUUUUCGACGCAUACUCAGAGAAUUAUUGGGACGGUGCAAUGCAAACGGUUGCAGCUGUGUUCGAUGCGCAUGGCUCCCUUUGGCAUGGUUAUGACCUUGUGGGAAUGGAGAAGUUACCAGACAAAGGACCAGCACUAUUGAUAUACUAUCAUGGGGCCUUGCCUCUGGAUAUGUAUUAUAUACUAUCUAGACUACUGCUUUGCAAAAAGAGAAGGCUGAGGAAUGUGGCAGCUACAUUUUUGUUUCAUAUACCAGGUAUUCAGUUGCUUCUCGAAGUUUGUGGAGCUGUAGAAGGACGCUCCAGAGAGCAAUGUGUGGAGAUUCUAAAGAAUGGUGACUUAUUGGCCAUUUCUCCAGGAGGUGUUAGGGAAGCUUUGUUUUCUGAUGAAUAUUACACUAUGAUAUGGAAUGGAAGGCGAGGAUUUGCCAAAGUAGCUCUUGAGGCCAAAGUGCCCAUCUAUCCUGUUUAUACACAGAAUGUAAGAGAAGCCAUCCGCUCCAUUCAAAUUGGACGCAAAUGGUUUCGAAAGUUAUAUGAAUGGACAAAGCUACCACUUGUUCCAUUGUAUGGUGGUUUUCCUGUCAAGUUGAGAACCUUCAUAGGAGAUCCUAUUUACUUUGAUUCUAAAUUGACCAGUGAUGAAUUAGCUGGGAAGGUUCAGAAGGGAAUCCAAGAACUGAUACUGACCCACCAAAAGUUACCUGGUAGCAUCAUUACAGCACUCCAAGACAGAUGGAAAUUGAAAAACAGCUCUGUGAAAAUUGCCAAGUAAAUUAACAUUUCUUUCAGGCCUCUACAUGAUAACAAGUAAGUGAAACAGUGAAUCCUGACCAUAAAUUUUCUAAGCUGAUUGGUGGGAACAAAAUUAAUGAAUCAAAUCAAUUGAUUGUGAUUAAUAUUAACUUAAUAUUUUUGAGGUGAUAUUUAUCUCAGAGCCAGCUACAUGCUUGAUUAAACAUUUGUGCAACUGAAGUCAAAAGAUAUCUUCAGUUUGUAUGUUUCAUUUACCACCCCAGGUCAAGUGAUAAUACUCUAGGGAACUUUAUCUUUGAAAUUUCUACUUAUUCAUGUACAUGUUAACACAUAAUUUACAAGGGAUAAAGCUGGGAAUUCAUUUGAGACCUGGAAUUGGUAAAUGAAACAUACAAACCAGAGGUCUAUUAUAUUACUUCUGACAGUACAAAUUAUUUCUCUUAGAUAGGAACAGAAAAAGAAAGGGCAUAUUUUGAAUUAUCACAUAAUUUGUUUUCAGUUAGAAAAGCAAUUAUUAGCUGGGGAAUAAUACUAAAAUUUAAUAUAUAUUUGUAUGUAACAAUCUUUAAAUUAAUAUAUUAUAUUUUUUUACAUUUCCACUUUCAAAAUUAAAUAAGUGACUUCAUACUUUAGUGUGCAUGUACAGCAUAGGGACAUAGCACUCUUGAAUUGCAAUGAUCAUAUUUUAAUUUGAAAUUUUUACUUUCAUCAAUUCAUAAUUCAUUUUAUAAUUUAUUACCUAGUUUUUUCUCCAGUUUCCAAAAUAUGACAUCCUCAUAACAGCACGAACUCUCUGCACUUGUCUUUCAAAUAUAAAGUGAUAAACCCCUGAUGAUGCUUUUUUGAAAGUGUUUUUUUUUUCCUUACUUUAUCAAUAUUACUACAAAUGAAUUAAGCCUUUUUGCUACAAAAUGGAAAAUGUAUUUUAUUUCCUUAAAAUGGGAAAUUGUCUCAUUCCACUGGGAGAUGUGAAUUUUAUCUUCUCAUGGUGCCAUCGGCACUCUAAGAUAGGAAGGCAUCUCCACAUGGGCAUGUGAAAUCCUCUUUAUAUCUUGAAAAUUAUUAUGAUUUUUUUGUUGAGUGGAGAGGAAUCACUAGUUCUUAAUUCUCAAUAUUUUUUAUGUCUGUAUAGCUCAACAUUAUUUAUUAAAUGAUGCUUUAAUAACGGUUAAAAAAAAAGUUGAGAUAAAAACUUUAACACAUGAAAAAUCCGACAUCUUUAAAUUUUUCUAUAUUUAUCGAGUACAAAAUUAACUUGACGUAAUUAUAGUUUAUUUCAAAAUCACAUACUGUAUU